GGCGGGCGUCCUACAAGAAUGGCUAGGCUCGUUCAUCGAAGACGAAGUCGACUCAGCCGUCCAAUGGAUACGCAUGAAUGACGACCAGAAAGCGCAGACAGAAAACUCCCAACAUCUCGAGGAGCUGUACGAGAAUGAUGGGAGCAACCUCCGCAUACAAGGCGAUCCCAAAAACUUUGCGAACUCGACAGUGCUCCAGAUUAUCCGGUACACACAUACCGAUGAAAACGAUCCGGUUGAGGCCAUCUUAUCGGAUGGUCAUACGUCAGUAAAGGCCACGUUUUCUAGCGAUGCGGUUGAGACAUUUCGUCGUAAGCACCAGCGAAAAAUCACGAGCCGCACUCAGGGUGGGAUCAUCUCCGUAUAUCGCCUCGAGAUUGUCAUCUCUCUUUUCGGUUCUGGAGAAGAUGACAGAGUAACUUUCCUGGUGAAAUCCAUGAAUUUCCGGGGGUCCCCCGGCGCAGCAAUACGAGGAAAUCCGAGACCCAUUCAAGAGCGCCCGAAGAUUCAAAGAUAUCUCGCUUUACUAGGAGUGAAAAUCGAAGACGAAUCAGACGUUGAGGGUACCCAGUUAUUAAACGAGCCCGAACUUCGACAGAAUGAUCCUCUUGAGGAGGUUCUCUCUCAAGGAGAACAGGAGCCAAUGCAGGAUGCGUCACUAAUGACACAAACGCAGUUUGAUACUCAGAUGGUUCACCCAUCACAGGGACAGCCUAUGACACCUGUGAGGCCUGUCGGUGACGUCAAUUUGGCACGUCCACAACCUUCCAACGCAGGUCAGAGUACCGAUGUACGCGAAAGCAAACAUUCGCAGUUGUUGAACUUGUUGAAAAAGAGUAGACCCACGCUGCCCGCUAUACCGCCGACAACUACCAAUGGACCGCAAAGGAAUCAGCACGAUCCUAAGUUGGCUAUCAAGAACAUUGGAACACAGAACCCCAAGCAUGCCCUUGGAGCUGAAAAAUCUUCAGGUGUGGGCAAUAAGGACACAGCAAACGUCGGGGGCGAUGACAUUUUGAAGACAACUGAACGCGGCAACUCGCAAAUACGUUCAAUAGCGGCGAUAAAAAAAGAACCUUCACAAAGGGAUGACAAAUCUAAGGACGUACCUUCGAGUUCCAUGCCAGUUGUUGAUGGUAUUCCGACUUCCUACCAAAAGGCCCGCCCUAUUUCAAGCCUCGAAUCCAACGGGUCUAAUGCAGCUCCAGCAAUUGAAAAAGAGCAUUCACCAACUGCACAGACACAGCUUCCACAAUCCUCUGGCAAUGAUGACGGGCCUUGGAAGACCGCCUUGCCCUUGACGCGAGCUACUUGCAGAAUUCCCAGUAACCAAAGGCGAUUGCUUAACAAACCUCUAUCCUGGUUUCCUCCGAGAGUCGGACAUGGAUUUUUUCCAGCUAUACCAGUAGAAAUACUGAAUAGCUUCAGUGGACCAACAGAGGCCAAAAAGGAACGUCGCCGUUCCGGCUCCCGUGAAGAUUCUGACUCUGGCGAUGACUUGUCCGAUUCCAGUAAUGCGAGUACAGCGAAAGGCCCUGAUGCUGCUCCUUUUUCUCCAUCCAAGUCAGAAGAGAAGGCGGUAGAAGCACCACCAUCUUCUCAAGAGAUACCGUGGUCUUCGUCCCCUGUACGACCGGUGAAACGCCAAGCCGAUCUCCCUCCAGAUAGUAGUGCAGAAGAAUUGAGGGCCCUAACAUCCCUACCCUCACCUCCAAAGCAAGACGAGGUAGAGCAUGCGGUCUCGCCUAUUUUGUCCAGCACUAUGCCGCCUCCCAAAACUGCAUACAAGGGAACAGUUGCCCUUGAAGAGCAAGCAGACACUCGCGUGGCUAGUAGCCCAGACCUUCCAUCAUCACCUCCGCCAUUACCUCCUAAUGAGGAUGAGAUGGCCAACGCCAUGGUGGAAAACAAUGAGGAUGAAAACAACGAGGAUGAUUUGGAAAUGGAUGUGCCGAAAGCAUUUACAAAAACAAACCAUCCUGAGAGAUUUUCAACCGAGCCUGAUGCCAUGAAGGAGACCGGCCUCAGAACCGAUAGAGCAUCACAAAAACCCUCUCAUAGCAAGGACCUAGCCAACGAGGUUCCUUCCAUGACGCUUGCUGCGCCUCCGGUUGGCGCCUUCCAAAAACCCUCUUAUGAGAAUUCUACCAAACCAUCCAAGCGCGAUAUUGUUUCCCCUACUCAUAACCCGCACAAGAAACUCAAAUAUUCCCAUGCUUCCUAUGGGUUCAGCCAAGAGAGCCCGGUGGUGCAGGAUCCAGCUAUGCGUCUUCGACAAGGGCGCAACAAGUUCAUGACUGAAAUGAGAGCCAGGCGAUCUAUGUCUUCCUCUCAGUCAGGCAGUGGUGAGGUUCGUCAAAACGUCUUGGGUUCUUCUGACAAUGAUGACCACAUUGACGAGCCCAAAGCCGUCAAAAAUAAGAAUGAUGAUGAGGAAGUGCUGAAGGAUGCUCCCGUCAAACAAAUUGACCAAGAAAACCCCCCUGCGAAUCCCGUAAAGACUACAGGUUCCCGCUCGGCAGAUGAAAAAAUCGAGAAAGACAGGAAGGUAUCAGAAGACAGUGUCUCAAAAGACAAGAUCCCAGAAGAGGUGAAACCCGCAGGCGAGGAGAAACCUGAAAAGGAGGAUAUCUUUGGACAGUUUUGCGAAAAGUACCCAGAGUAUUCUGGUGACCGUAAGCAUUUCACCGGAUUAUGCCGCAUGAUCCAUAAACUCCAGAGCACAGGCGCGAUUCUGCCCAAGUUCCUUUGGGACGACUUCAUCCUGAGACACAAGGUCGAAUACAGGGAGUACAUUGCCAAGUGCAGCGACGAAGGCCAAGACCCCGUGUCAUACCAAGCCUUCUACAACGAAGAGAUCGACGAACCAAAGUACCAGAAGCGGUUCAUGAACGGGGGAAAGCUGCACCGCGUGCUCGAGCUCGAGGACGGCCAGGCACCAAAGCGCGAACCCGUCACGAGGUUCAUGUCAGAGACGUACGCGGACAGAGAGCAGCCAGCCCCGUCCCAGUACGGCCCGGACCCUAGCGGCGCAGACCUCCGUGGCGACUACUACCGUCCGAUGUACGCGCAGGUUGAACGGCCGAAAAAGUCGAAAAGGUCGAAGCGGAAGAGCUUGCCCGAGCGGGUAGUGCAACUGCAGGAAAGCGAGCAGGGGCGGCGCAGGAACUCGGACGCGGGCGGUAGUGUAUUGAAGCGCAACGCGGACGCUCCGCUGAUGAUGAUGCCGCUGCCUGCAAAGCCAGUAGCAGCAGCAACAAAAACAACAACAACAAGCCAGACGCCGAGGAACCUGGUCGCGGGCACCGCCAACACCGCACCAAAACCAUCCAAACUGCCAAAGCCGUCCGCAAAGCCCGCCGCUGCUCCCACUACCUCUAACGCACCCACACCCACACCCGCCGCCGCUCCGGCCGCUCCACCAAAGCCAGCCACAACCACGACAGCAACAGCACCCAAACCGUUAGCGCCCCCGACGCGCAAGCGCGCCUCCUCGAGCGCGAACACGGGCUCGGCGGCCAAGAAGCCAGCGGUCGAGAACAGCUUUACGAUUUUUAAGCAGAGGUACAAUAAGCCGAGACCUGGUGGCGGUGGUGGUGGUGGGGGUUGAGUUGGGUUGUGUGGGGUGGUGUGGGUUCUUCUCUUCCUUCCUUCCAUUGGGGUUGGGGGUGGCUGGGGGUGUGUGAAUGGGGUGGAUGUGCAGUCAGUCAGUCGGGAGGCCAGGAGGUCAGAGCGCGCGCUAGUUCGCUUUACUUUGCUUUGCUGGUCCGCUUUGCUUUGUUUGUUUUCCUUACCUAGUCUAGUUGCUUUAUGCACGCACGCGCGCGCGUGGGGGACGAGAAGUGGGAGUGGGGGAAUGAGGGUGUAGGUAGGUAGGUACCUAGUUCGAUGGCAUCGCU